GGUCCCAUUCCGGUGCACGCCAUGUCCAGUUUCGAAGAUGCCGACACUGAAGAGACGCUAACGUGCCUCCAGAUCACGCUUUACCAUCCCGACCGGUUGCAAGCAGGGAGGUUUCAAUCCCUCAGGUUUUGCCACCGCGAGAAACUGCCCUCCCACAAAGUGGUCAACUUUGGCCGACAUUCCAGCAGCUGCCACUACGUCUUUCAAGACAAGCAGGUUUCCAGAAUUCAGUUUUCUCUGCAGCUGUUCAGAGAUUUCAGCAGCUCCGUUCUCUCCGUUGAGAUUAAGAACAUGAGUCAGAAGACCAGCCUGUUCGUGGACAACCACGAGCUGGGCUACCUGAAUAAAGUGAAACUGCCCCCAAAGUGUAUCCUCCGAUUCGGCGAUUACCAGUGCCUGGUCGAGAAGGAAGAUGGGGAGUCGUUGACAUUUUUCGAGACUCAAUUUGCUUGGUCUCCAACGUCCCUCUUAGAAGAAAACCUCAGGCCGCUGCGCACGCCUGUGCCGGAGAAUGGCUCCCAUUCAACCCUCGGGAGCACUUUGCCUACAGAAAUGGAUGAAAAUGAAUUAUAAACGAGGGGGGCAAAGCAGAGAAUCGGGGACGCUGAGCAGCCCGACGGGCCCUUUGUAGCCGUUGCCCUUAUUCAGAGUGUAUUAGCGUAGGAAGUAAAGCCUCACAUCUCCUGUGACCCGGGCAGGUUUAGGAUUCGGCAGGUCAUUUUGAAGUCCGCAUUGUGUUAGCAACAAAGUCAUUCCAGCAUCUGCGCAGAAUGACUUUCAUUGUACAUCUGUGAGGGCUCGUGUACAGAAGACCCUGCGUGACAAAGGAAUUGUGUUCUCCAAACCACCCCACUGCCAUCAUGCCGACCCUGGCUCGUGGCGGCCCUGGAGAAGGUUUUUGAGGAGGUAAAUCUUGACCGGAGCUGCAGCCUCCUCUUUCUCGCCCAAAGUGGUUGGUGGGUUUGAAGCGCUGACCUGGCCGUUAGCGGUCCAGCGCUUCCCCAACAGCGUUCACAAAACAAAGUUUUACGGUUUGGGUUUGGGCCUUGAUGACAGUUCGGUGCUGUGUUUUGUUGGGAAGGAACGAUCCCUUGUUUCGGUCAUGUCAUUUCACACCAGCCCAUGGUUCUCAUUGUCAGGGUUCUAAGCACACGAUUCUUCAUGGCGUCUGCAGCCCGCUGGUUCCAGAAGUGACACGGUGCUGGGUGGAACGCAGGGCGGUACAUCCUGAACCGUGGUCUGUGUUACUGUGGUUUUCAUAUGGAAAGAAUUCUCUGACAAAUAAUAUUUUGAAUCUUUUGUAGUUGUCUUUUUAAGGGCUAAUAGAGUGGUC